AUGCCGACCUCCUCCACCCAAAUGCCACCCCUUGACUCUAUCAACUCCACCGAGGAACCUAACUCCAACAUCAACUUGUUCUCCAAGUUCCUCAACUCAGACAAACAACUGUUCACAGAUUUUUAUAACCUGUGGAUUGUCCUGAUGGUAGUCAAUGCCAUAAUUUUCCUGGUGGGUGUUGUGCUGAACAGCUUGGCGCUGUAUGUCUUCUGCUUCCGUACCAAGACAAAAACCACCUCUGUUAUUUACACCAUCAACUUGAUCGUAACUGAUCUCCUGGUGGGCUUUUCCUUGCCUGUCCGGAUCAUCAUGUUCUACAGUUCAGGGGAUUGCAAGAAUUGUUCCUUGGUUCACAUCUUUGGCUACUUUGUCAACAUGUACUGCAGCAUCCUCUUCCUGACAUGCAUCUGCGUUGACCGCUACCUGGCAAUAGUGCAGGUGGAAGCUUCACGUAAAUGGAGGAACCCCACCUGUGCCAAGGGCAUCUGCAUCUUCAUUUGGAUCUUUGCCACCGUGGUGACUUUCUCCAUCCUGACCAUGGCGAUACGGUUUGCUGAGUGCUGCCUCUCCAAGAUCCUGGUCCUGAUGGUCUGCGAGUACUUCUUCCCCCUCAUCAUAAUCAUCUUCUUCACCACCAGGAUUAUGUGUGCCCUGUCCAAGCCCAGCCUCAUGCACCAGAGUAGGGAGAGGAGAAUGAGGGCUGUGCAGCUCCUUAUCACCGUCCUCAUCAUCUUCAUGAUCUGCUUCACUCCUUUCCACGUGCUACAGGUCGCAAUCUCCAUCAACCCAGACAUGCCCCACAACGUCAGCCUCGUCGUUUACCACGUGACAGUGACUCUGAGUAGCCUCAAUAGCUGCAUGGACCCCAUUGUCUAUUGCUUUGUCACCAAUAACUUCCAGUCAACCAUGAAAAGCAUCUUCAGGAAAGCCGAACCAGAGCAUACUAAUGCAGACAUCCUGGGUAUGAACAAGAACUCCAAGGGUUCCAACGCAAACAUUGCCUUCUCAAACACAAUAGGAAGCCCUCUGAGCUUGCCAUCACCAAGCAGUGUUCAGAUAUAA